GCUCAACCCGGUGUAGUCAUUCUGCAAAACACCGCACGAAUAUUCCAGAAUCCUAGUCCAUCGGCCCUCAGGCAACAAACGAAAUCCGGUCCACCACCCCAGCUACAGUUCUCGCUCCACCAAAAUGACCGAAGAAGAUACCACGGCGCAGGGAGAGACCCCCACGGAGAUCGCAGAGGAAAGCAAGACCGGCGAGGGAGAGACCGCCGAGAAGCCCGAGGAACGCCAGCUCCCGGCCUACCUGCGUCCGCCUCCCCAGGGCGAAGGGUCCGCGACCAACCACGACGACGGAGGCACCGAGCGGCAGCACCUACUCGGGGAGAAGAUCGGCGGCGACGAGACCGACGAGCUGCUCGCGCUGCUUGCCGRCAACGGAGCAAGAGGCUGCACCGGGAGUGCCUUCGACGCCGUUUUYGUCGGGGGGGCAGACGGGAGGCUCCACCAGAACUCCGAUUUUCUCAUCGAUUUCCGGCUCCCCAAGAGGGUCGAAAAGAAGAUGGCCUCGAUGAACACCAGGAUUGUCGCCAAGAUACAAAAAGGAAAGGAUACCGAGACAGCGGSUUGGUUUCGGGUGCACGAGGGAGACAAGGCGAACGCAGGCGAACCCAGUGGGGACGAUCCGAUGGUGGCCCUCCGAAUCUUGCUCGCACCGGGUCCGAAUUCCGUGGUGUACUACCUGCUCGACGAAACAGAAACCCCCGGCGUGGUGCUGAGCAGCGCCACCGCCAAUAUUUAUUUGUGGAAACACACCGAUGCCCUCGUGAUCAGCGACAUCGACGGGACCAUUACCAAAUCCAACGCCAAGGGGGCUCUGGGCACCACCAUCCUCCCGACCAACGAACACUUCUACGACAAGGUGUCCCACGAGGGUAUCUGCCACCUGCUUUCGUCRCUGGCAACCCGGGAAGGAGCAACAGCGGACGAACGAACCACGCGCGUCGUCUAUCUCACCUCUAGGCCCAUUACCCUCGCGAACCAAACCAGGGAUUUCUUGUCCGGCCUGAAGCAGAAGACACCGGCGCUCGGUGGUUCSGCUUCCGUCCUCCCGCCCGGGCCGCUCCUGGGGUUUGGYGGCAAGUUUUCCAAGGUCCUGAAGAUGGAGCUGCUGACCAAGUCGACCCAGAAAUUCAAGGCGGGCAAGCUGCAGAGCCAGGUGAUCGAGCCCUACCGGGAGGCGAACGAAGGAACGAACAGCGACGCCCCGCCGAUCCUGGCCGCGUUUGGAAACAACCUCAACGACGUACAGGCCUAUCACUUCAUYGGAACAAGCCUCGAGAACAUCUACAUGAUCAAUAAAAAGUCCAUGAUUGUCACCUUCGACAAGCCGGUUGGCGAUGGGGGUGACGAAAAUGGCGAAAAGGAAUCGUUUUUCUCCCACCAGUGGUACAAGGGCCGGAUCGGAGCCGAAUUCGAGGGAUACGCCGAUGCCAAGCUGCGCUACCGUCUCGGACUCUUCGAUGGAGACGAAGAGAAGAAGAAAAACGUCGAAAAAUACCUUGUGCCAGCGCCAAAGCCCUAGUCGUCUUUUACCGACGAUUGUGGUAGGUUUGCGUGCGGUUUUUAAUGGAGUUGGCACAACAGGACUACAAAACACCGGAUCGACCUGCCAUGCAAUGAUGGAGGUCCCCAGAGAAAAAGUCCUUUCCGUUAUCGAUGCCGUGGUGUUCUGGAUGGAAUGGCUUCAAGAACCUUCUAGAAGAGAAAAAAGGCAAGGCAGAACAAAACGAGAAUUGACGGAACAGAGCAGAGAGAAUCCAAUGCUCGAGCUAUUCGUCGAGUUGGUGGACAAAGGAAAAAAAACCGAGUGGCGAAGCACAGCAUCGUCUAUUGCGGGCAGCCAGCUUCUUUGUAGACAAUUUCUUCGAUUCGAUUCGAUUCGAUUCGAUUCGAUUCGAUUCAAAGCAAGCAAAUGUUUUGGACCAUAGCAGACCCUACUAGAAUAAGAAACGUAAUCAUCAAACAUUGUUGUUGUUGUUUUUCAUUAAUCUUGGCUGUUUCGUACCGGGCUUGUGCACAAUCCCUACGGACCACGCAACGUGGUUGGUUGGUUGGUUGCUCACAGAAGGGAAGGGAGCCAGGACCCGAGCCAGAAGCASGGCCACCAGUACGCCAGGACCGAAGGGUUCCCGGUGGCCGCGUGGUACACCCCGGGCCCGGGGCAGACCCCCCCGAUGCCCCAGCCCAGCCCAAAGAGGGCCGCGCCGAGGAGGAGCYUUUUAUCGAUGGUGGUGGUCGCCGGGACCYGGUAUUGCUUGGAGGACCAGGGCUCGYUGAGGGCCGGGGCGUUCUUCCACAGCACGUUGAAGCCGGGGACGAACUGGUAGCUCGCCGUGCUGACCAGGAGCCCGCCGGCCAUGACGAAGACCAGGGUGGGGUCCCAGGUCCCGUUCGCCAGGCCCUUGGCGUCCAGAAAGCCGGCAAUGUGCUUGUGCUUGACCAUYCCGCUGAGCCCCAGUCCGAGGGAGAAGAGCCCCCCCGAGGCCCAGGCCACCAGCGUGGAACGAACGCCCGGGGGUUGUGGUGGUGGGGUGCUUUCCUUCUUGUCCCUUGGUGAAGCAGAAGCAGCGGAAGCAAAGGGGAACAGGGAAGCGUAYCCCGAGGCCGCCACCAGGGCCCCGGUCAGGCCUUUCCCGAUCCACGCGAGGUGGGGGCCGCCGGUCGAUCCGGACGGCUCCCGGAUCCAGGGACAGUCCGGUUCGCACACCGUCGAGGUGAGCAUGCCCGUCGCCAUAAAGGCCAGAACGGCCG